CGUAACUUCGAAACAAUGAACCAGCCACCGCCGGUACACAUCCAACCAUCCUCCCCGCGGCUAACCAACACGAUCACCCCAACACCUGAUGGAACCCACCGGAAGGUCGCGAUCGCCGUCGAUUUAAGCGAGGAGAGCGCCUUUGCCGUCCGAUGGGCCGUCCAGAACUACCUUCGACCCGGGGACUCUGUCGUCCUCCUCCACGUGCGACCCACCAGCGUCCUCUACGGCGCCGACUGGGGCUCCGUCGACCCCAACGACGCCGUCUCCUCCUCAUCCGAGUCGCAGCAGAAAUUGGAGGACGACUUCGACGCCUUCACCACCACCAAGGCAGCGGACCUGGCGCAGCCGUUAGUGGAGGCGCAAUUUCCGUUUAAAAUCCACAUAGUGAAGGACCACGAUAUGAAGGAGCGGCUCUGCUUGGAAGUCGAGAGGCUCUGGCUCAGCGUCGUCAUCAUGGGCAGCCGCGGCUUCGGCGCCACCAAGCGUGCCGCAAAGGUCGGCAGGCUCGGCAGCGUCACUGAUUACUGCGUGCAACACUGUGUCUGUCCCGUUGUGGUUGUGAGGUAUCCUGAUGACUCGGACAGGUCGGGCGCUGGCGGUGAACCCGAUGGCCCGGUGGAGCUCCACCCGGUGCCGGAAGAGGACCCGGAGGAAUUCAACGACGGUUCCUCCUCCGAUAACAAUGACGCUCAUGAAGUCGAAUAAAUUGAAGGUUGCGGGGUUUACAUAGCAAAUUGAAAUGGAUUUAUGGCUACUCUUGUAAUUUCGUAUUUGUUCUGCAAGUGUUUUGACCUUGCGUUCUCUCAUUGUCAGACUCUAAAAAUUGUGGUGGUGAAUUUGACUGUUUGUCUCAGUUUGUAUAAUUGCAAUGCAUUUUUUUAUUUUAUAGCUUUA